AUGAAUAGCUCUGGUUUGAGCGCACGAUGUCUGGCUAGCACUACACUCGCGGGGGGAGAACGGCAAGAUGACGUGGAAGAGAAGCAGGAUUCAAAGAAGGACUACAGUCCGUCAGGACAAUAUGAAGAAGCCCUGCUGGAAGAGAAUAGAGACGAAAUAAUCCAAGGAAGCCCGUGGUCGCCAGAUUCAUCAUCACCAUCAGACUCAGGAACAGACGUCAGCAGCGACCGAGCAAGCUCAGAGGAUCGCGUUCUGGACCAUCAAGUACCAUACACGAGCUGUAUCCAGGAAGCACAGCUCUCGCCUGACGGAACAUGUAUCUUCAGCUCGGACUACAGUCGCACAUUUUCCGUCUAUCCUAUUGAAACAGACAUCCUAUCUGAGACCAAAACACGUCCUUUGAAGCCGUAUGCGCAGUUCAAUUCUGCAAACCCAAUCUGGGCCUUCGCCGCUAAUCCGCACUUCAAUUUGCAGGACGCAAACAGUACACAUGUACUAAUCAGCCGACGAGACUCGUACAUUACCCUGCACAAUGCCUUGUGGGAUACUACUCGAAACUAUGACACAGCAACACUACAACCUUCGAAACCCGGCCCAGUCGACAUCUCCAAGCCUCUCGCUUCAUACAAGCUUAUCGACCACCUCACCGAAGCAGUCACCGCACCACUCAGUCUGGCCUAUUCCCACGAGGGCACGCAUUUCUUCGCGGGAAAACAGAACGGCAUCGCUACCUUCGACUUGGAACACACCGAAGAUCCGAUCCAUUCCAUCGCCACCAUCCCGUCGAAACGCAACAAGUUGAAGGGUGGAGGACGUGGCUUCAAAGGCUGGAUUUCUGCACUAUCUUUGUCACCACCGUCUACUGCUUCUCACGGUGGUCUACUAGCAGCAGGUGCGCGCACACGCUAUGUCGGGAUAUACGAUGCAACAAGCGGGGAGGAGGUCACGCACUUCUCGCUCCCAGGCACCAUAGACGGCAAGAAGGUCCGCAACGAGAACUUGCGGCAUAUCAUGGGUGACGGCGUCUCCCAUCUCAAAUGGAGCCCCUGUGGCAAAUAUCUGUAUGUGGCGGAACGCCAGUCUGACGUCCUACUCAUCUACGACGUGCGCAACUUCUCGCUGUCUCCGGGCUACUGUGCGGGCAGGAAGGCACUCACAAAGCAGAAGCUAGGCUUCGACGUUUGGAACGCUGGCGCCUCGCCGUACGAUAUCGAGGCUAUAUCGCAUGAGAUCUGGGCGGGUGGCACGGAUGGGAAGAUGAGGGUCUGGCGGGAUCCGUAUAGAAAAGAGGGACCUGUCGAGGCAGACGAGGUGGUGCAAGUGGGAGGAGAAGACAUGCCAGUUGUAAGCACGCUCGUUCAUUCCUCUGGGAGCUUGGCAGUCGCGGCCUGUGGUCGUAUCGAGAUUGGCGAGGAAUCGACAUCACAGCGGCCCAGAAGAGGUGGAGGAUUGCGACCAAGAUUUAGAGAAUGGGGUAGUUUAAACAUUCUCGGACUGGGAUGA